GAAUAUAAGACGUACACUUUUUCUUUAUCGAAAUUGAUUUAAAGACUUUAUCGAUAUCUCGAAGCUUUUCAGUAUACGCGUCACUAUUUUCGUUCCCGGCGUCCAGCGUUCGAUUUUCAAACUUACCGCCAUCUUGAUCGUUUUUAAUAACUUUCACGCGUUCUAUAUUACAAUAUAGUCUGUGGCCACGUGGAAAAUUUUGUACAAACUUUUUUUAAAACAAAAUGCUAAUGGUAUUCAGAAUACAAUAUUAUUUGUAUUACGCUAUAAAGUAAGCUUGGCUAAAGAACUUUAAUUUGGCGUUUAAAGUGUGAAGGAGUAUAUAAGAAGAAGUAUAGAAUAACCGUUACCAAGAAUCUCAUCCCGUACAAAGUAAUAGAGUAUUUGUAUAUCGAAUAGCGAUGUAUUAUUUAGUUUUGAUUCUCGCCGCGGUGGCGCUGGUGGCGGGCCGCCCGUCCACCGUUGACAGGCAUAACAAACUGCUGGACAUUGACAACCACAUCGACCCUAAUGUAGUACCAACUGGAAAAGGAAAGCCGUUCGUAACACUGAUAAACGGGCCGCCUGCGACUCUCGCCCACCAUGCCGGCACCACUCUCGAAAUAACCUGCGAGGCGGUGGCCGAACCCGCGCCAUCUGUGCACUGGUUCAAAAACGAUGCCCCUGUGUAUGAGUACGACAAAGAGUCUAACGAGAUCAUAGACACGAACCCGAGUUCCCUCGCGCGGGUGACAUCCACCCUGCUGGUAUCUCGGUCUGAGGACCCAGCGGAGUACACGUGUCUGGUGCUGGCUGGGUCCAACACCGCAAGAGCUUCCACUCUGGUGUAUAGCGCUGAUGGCAGCACGGAUACAUCAGAACGCUCCAAGCUGGUGCCUCUAGCGCCUCGCAUCCUGGUCUCCUAUAAAGUACUGGUGGACGUUAUGGGCAACAAUGUGGUGUUACCUUGCCGCGUGCGCGGACACCCUCGACCUAUCGUCACUUGGAAAACCAGCAAUGGACAGGACGCAAGCGAUGACCCAAGGAUGAAGGUGCUGCGUUCAGGAGAGCUGUUAAUAUCAGAUCUGCGCUGGUCCGACAUGGGAGAAUACUAUUGUCAAGCGAGCAACCUGUUCGGAAGUACGGAGACAAGAACCUUCGUCUAUCCGGCCAAACAGCGCAAGGCGUUCACCGACAAAAAAGUAAAAAGCCUCGAGUAAACCAAAUUCCUGUUGAUAGUUUAGUUUGUAAGAGCGCUUCACACGCGUCGCGAGACGCUGCGAUUUUUUUACAUUUCAUAAGGUUAAGUGUAUUUUUAUUAAAAAGGUCGGCUGGUCCGGAUUUUAAAAUUUUGCAAAAUUGCUUUUAAUAUUUUUAUUUUAUUUGUUCCUGGCAUGUUUGCAAUGUUACUUCAGUAACAACUCGCGCGCCAAUCUUUGUAAAAUAGUUGUAUUAAUUUAUAAACUUUCCUUAUGUGAACAACAAUUCGUUUCUAUUGUAUUUACUGGCUUAGGAAUAUAUAGAAAACCAACAUACAAAGUGGUUUUUACCUAAAUAUUGUAAAACAAAUAUUUAUACAAAUGUGAGUGUACCUACUGUUAUUUACAUAGAAAAUGGUAAAUAAAGUUAUGAGCAUGUUGACAACAUAGAACAAUUUAAAUGGUGAAUGAUUUAACUUGCCUAAAAUAUUUAUUUAAUGUUUUCAAUUUUUAAGUAAAUGUUACACCUGGCUGAGUUUGUUGUGGGCUUCUUCUCAGACCAGAGCGCGUGUGGAACCCUCAUAACUUUAGUUUUACGUGUAUGGCUAUAUUUAUCAAUUUAACUUCACAAUAAUGUAAAUAAAACAAAUGUUCAAAAGUAAAACUCACUGAAUUAUUUGAAUAGUUUUUUUUUUUACUUUCACAAACUUAAUAUUAAUAAAAAUAAUAAUAGUAUUUAAUAUAGUAUAAUAUUUUGGCAAUAAAAACGCCGCGUUUCAACCGCCUGUGUGAAGACACUCUAACUGUACCCCAGUCUGCCUAUUUUUUUACUUUAUUGUUUUUUUAAUAAAUAAUAAUAUAAUGUAUUAUUAAUAUUAUAGAUAGAGACGUUAUUAAUAUUAUAAGGAACAACUAUUACUGUAAUGGUUAAUGUGAUCCAAUGAAUACUUACUGUAGACUGUGAUUCAAAUAGAUAUCGAAAUAAAAUACUAUGAAAAAUA